AUGGCUGAAGCGGCCAGGGACGCUAACGUCGCAAAAGAGACUGUCCGGAGGUUAUGGUUGCAGAGACUCCCGACAGCAUCGAGGGCGCUCCUCGCAAUGGUACCAGAGAGCGCAAAGUUGGAGGAUCUGGCAGCGAUGGCCGACAAGGUGCAGGAGUCCAUGGGCUCAGGGGUGAUAGCAGCUGUAGCAACCCCGGAGAGCCAGUUGACCACGACGAUAAAUGCUGACCUGAUAAGUGGGUUCCGAGAUAUGGCUUUGGAAAUAAGGCAACUUAGGACUGAAGUGAACGAACUCAGGUCAAGGCCUUCGACAAGAGAUUUCCGUCGGAACAGGAACCGGUCGCGUUCAAGGUCGCGCGGCACGAACAGGAAUCCGAAUUGGUUGUGUAGAUACCACUUCAAGUUCCGGGAAAAUGCACGGAGCUGUACCCAGCCGUGUGCCUGGGGCAGGCAGCAGCCGUCGGCAGGCGUAGCGCCGCCGACAGCAUAUACCUGGCAGCAGCAGUCGGCAGGCGCGGAGCCGCCGACCGCGUUCAACUGGCAGCCACCGCAGGGAAACUAG